AUGGAAGCCAUGUCUGAAAGACUUCAGCCUCACAAAGAUGUUAUAGGUCAAAUUGCUAGUAUUGUAACAAUAUGCCAGUUUUUUGCUGGUAUGUUAGUGUGUAAAGCUAUAUAUGAAAAGAAAUCGACAAAAGGAGUAAAUUCUCUUCCAUUCAUAGGAGGUGUUUGUAUUGGCAUCUUAAUGUUGAAACUAGCUUAUAUAAUGAACGAUUCCGCAAUGUUCCAAGUCAAUGUUGCAGCUAUAAUACUAAAUAUAUUUUAUACAGCAUUUUAUUAUCAGUAUUCCGAAAAUAAAUAUGAAAACAUUUUAAAACCUUGUGCUCUAGCUUCCGGCUUUUGUGCACUGGGUUUGGGAUAUGCCAAUUGGGAAGAUCCAGGAAGUGUAGAAUUUAGAUAUGGUUUACUGAUGACAGUCUUAAUGUUGUUAUUGUUAGCUUUACCACUUGUAGACAUGAAAACUAUUAUUGAUACGAAAGACGCUUCAUCAAUUCCAUUUCCUAUAACAUUUAUGAGUACUUUGGUGUCAUUGCUUUGGUUUUUAUAUGGUCUGGCAAUUAGUAAUGUUUUUAUGGUGAUACAAAAUAUUGCUGGUUUCGUGAUUUGUGCAUUGCAAUUGUGGCUGAUAUUCGAGUACCCCGGAUCAGGUCAGAAUAAAAAACUGAAAAAGAAGAAACAAUAA